UCGCUGCUGACGACCCAUGGCCUGCGCCAACUCUGGCAGGACAGCGCCGAUGGGGCCACGGUGCGGGUGCAAGUUCUCGGCGUCUAUCGCUACCUGGCGGACCCGGCGCUCAAGGACCGACUCGGGCAGCAGUUCGAGGGAGCGCGCGACGUGUUCGACGUGCUGCUGAGCGACGGCCGCCACAAGAUGAAGGCGGUGCUCGAUCCCAAGCUCAACCAGCUCGUCUGGACGCGGGAGCUCGCAGCGCACAGCUUCGUCAGCCUUCAGUUUCUGUCGACUCAGCAUCCGCGAGAAGUGGAGCUGCUGCCGUUGGCGGGGGAGCGCGCGUACUACUUGCCGCUGCGGUCGGACCACUACACGCUCGAUUGGGCGUGCAGCUUCACGGGUGGAGUCCCGGACGAAGACUCGCCGCUUGACGAACUGGAGAGCGAUUGGGCUAGACGGUAUGGCGGCCCUGAAGGCUCGGAUGGGUCUAACGAUGGGCAGGAGACUGGACCCAGCUCUGUGGUGGCGUGGAACAUCAACCCGGAGUAUUGCUCGGAUCUGUUCACGCCCGAAUGCAAGAAGAUCCAUACCAUCCUGGAGGUUCUUGAUCAGAUUAAGAAGAACAGCGAGCCGGGGGCUACUCGUAAAGCACUUCCUCCCAUGAUUGGAGCUAUCCGAGUAAAAUCCAAGGUGAUGAACAUGGGGGAUCCCGACGUUGCGAAUCCGUUCCCCUUCGCAUUCAACGCGGUCGUUGGU